UCCGGCUUUAGAGCAAUAUACGUACACUAAACAAAAGUCCACAUUUAAUGUAUAUUGAAUGAAAAUCACAUCCAACAAGACACGAAACAGUUGCCAGCAUUUAAAAUUACUUGAGUAAAUAAAUCUACUGGCCCUAAUUGUAAUAGUUGGAGCAACCGUUUGUAAGACGAGUGGUUUUUAAUUUCUGCAUUAACUGUUUUAUUUUGUAUUACUAAAACCGGAAACAAUAACGUUAUCAGUAGAGUGGCUCGGGACGCUAAAACUGGGAAGGUAGCACGUUAGCGGCAGCUCAAGUCUGGACAGCUGCGCAUAGUUUAGCGACAUUUCCCGCUGUCCCAAAGACCGAAGAUGCCAAAGCUGCAGGACCAGUGCAGUGCUAAUGUUGUGAAGCUGCUUCAAGUAACGAUGGAAUAUGCCUUCAAUACAUUUCGGUAAAGCAGAACUGAUUGCUGCAUUCAACUUUUGAUUGGGCUCCUGUUUAGUCACACCAAUGGGAACCUAAAGGGACCAGUUCUACAUUCAAACAGUACUGGAAGUCCCUUGUGGCCAUGCGGAUCACUUUAUGCCAAGGCGUGUUAACCGGGGCCAUCAUCCUCAACCUCCUCAUCCUCUACUAUGUGUCCCGGGCCCAGCAGCAAAUGAUGGAGAAGAGGAAGGAACACGGCAGGUCCACUAGGAGGGCUGCUUUACCCGCCUCCGCUCUGGUGGGAGCCAUAGCGGGACUCGUCGGCCCUGGAGUUGAGCCCAGAGGGGCAGGGAUGGGGUCAAUUAAUCGUAGCCCACGCGUGACCGUGCUCCUCCGGGAGUUUGAAAACUUUGAGAAUUAUGUAGGGGAUGUUGCCAAUUCAUUCCUGAGCCAAAGACCAGAGCUUCCCUUCCUGGUUGUAGCUGACACGCCUCCAUACCCGCCACUGGUCCUCCCUGACAGUUCUCGCCUCCUAGUGCUUUCCCCAAGCCCGGACCAGCCUCCGCAAGCACACAGGCCAGAGUUUCACGUCCAAACAGAGUUUGUGCUUCUCGUACCGGACGGGGUGGAGUUGGAGCCCCCUCGAGCGAUUGAGAGGCUGAUAAAGGAGUUGGAAGGCGAGGGUGGUGGUCCAGUGAGGUUGGUAGCUUCACCCGUGCUGGCUCGAUCUGCCGUGGAGUGUCUCCACCUGCGGGUGAACCUCCGCGAGUGGACGGCCACUUAUUCUACCGCCGUGUCCGGGAGCAGCGGCAGCGUGUGCACGGCUUUGCAAGGCGACGCCGUGGUGCUUAUCCACACAGAGGAUCUAUUUAAUCUUUCUGUGCCGUUAGGCCGGCCCCUUUUCCCCUCGCUCUUCAUCCAGACCACGCUGAGGGGCUGGAAGGUAAAGCUCCUGGAGAGCCCAUGUUUUUCCGCCAACCACCGGCCCCUCUUCAGCUCAGCUCACAACCAGUGGAAGGCAGACACUCGCCUGAAGGAGUCCACGGGGAAGCUGAUGAGGAGCUUCGGUCUGAAGCGUAUCCUGCUGCCCGAGGGGAAGGAGCAGUGGCACGGCUGUAGCAAGGAGACACCUCGCUGCUUUAGCACGGUGCAGGACGACACGCCGGACUAUCUCUAUCUGGAUCGUUGGACCCCGCCGUGUUGUCUGCGCGCUCUCCGAGAAACCACCAAGUAUGUGAUCAACAUCCUGGAGAGCUCCGGGGUGCGCUAUUGGCUCGAAGGCGGGACUUUGCUGGGUGCUGUCCGACACCAGGACAUCAUCCCGUGGGAUUAUGAUGUGGACCUGGGAAUCUACCUGGAGGACGUACCCAACUGCGAUCACUUGAAGAACCUGGACUCGGGCUCACUGGUAGACGCCAACGGGUAUGUGUGGGAACGUGCAGUGGAGGGUGAUUUCUACAGGGUGCAAUACAGCGAGGCCAACCACCUCCACGUGGACCUGUGGCCUUUCUACUCCCGCAACGGGAUCAUGACUAAAGACACUUGGACCGAGCACAAGCAGGACGUGGAGUUUCCUGAGCAUUUUCUGCAGCCGCUCGUGCCCAUGCUCUUCGCUGGCAUCAAUGCCUAUGGGCCGAAUAACUACCGCGCCUUCUUGGAGCUAAAAUUUGGAGAGGGGGUUGUCGAGAACCCUGAGUACCCCAACCCUGUCAAGAAAAGACUGGACCGGGCGAAAUUAUGAGAGUGUAAUUGUUUGUAAGAUAAUAGAUGGAGAUGCUAAGGGUAUUCUCAUAUUAGGCUUCAGCACACUCGACACCGAAUAUCGUUAGAAAAUGUGAUUGUGUCAAUUUUAGUACUCUUUCUUUAUGUUUGGCCAUGAUUGCAUAGGGGAUCAAGGGCAGACAAGUCAUACUUAAUGCAAACAAAAUAUGCUUUACAAUGUGUUCUAAAGGUAUACGUCUUGUACUGAGUGUGAAAAUUAAUGUGUCAUUACCGGACUGACUUGACAGUACUGUACAGUAUUUAUGGUUUUGCCUUAUUAUGGCUUUGUGAAUUGUUUCCGCCCUGUUACUUUGGUUUACACUGAUCUUGUUACGCAUACAGUUGUUGCACACUUUGAAUGUACAUUAGGUGUAGGUAUUACAUGAGGUGAACUGAGAUGUCUUUGCUGUUGUCUGGAAAUGUUGAGAGCUUAAAGAAAUGAAGCACACCAUACUGAAGCAAUGAUCACAUCUUGUGAUAGUGAGAACUCUGCCGUUUAUUAUUUGAGCCACUUAUCCCUCCAUCAUGAUGAAUAAAUCUGAUGUCUGGUGUACUGUA